GUUCACGGGGGAGAACUGGCGCCCGGUUACACUAGCUACCCGCCGGCCGUUCGCCUGUGCUCUCGACACAUACAGCCUCUUUGCACCGGCCUAUCCUAGCUAGCUAUGUUGCCUGCUGCGACGGCGGCGGCGGCGUUGCCUCUUCCUCCUCCUCCUCCUCGGACCAAGGCCAGCAUGCUCCUCCUUCCGCCAUUGCUGCUGCUCCUCGCCUCUCUCGCGCCGCACGGUUCCUCCGCUGACGGACUGCGCUACGACUACAAGGCCUACACUGAAUGCAAAGGCCACCCUGAGCCAGCUCUGUACAACGGCGGCAUCCUGCGGUGGGCCAAGAAAAUCAAGGACUUCCGGACGGCGGACCAAGGCAACUACUCGCCGUCCUUCGUGCUCUACAACAUGUCCGCCGCCACCCCCUACAGCUUCUCUUGCUGGGUGAAAUUCGAUGGGCCAGGGACUAUCCACGUGAAGGCCAAGAUCUUGUCACUAGACAACGCUGGAUCACAGUGCCUGGGCACAGCUCUGGUGCGAAACGACUGCUGGUCCUUCCUCAAGGGCGGCUUCACCCUCACCUCGCCGUCUCAGACCUCCGUCCUCUAUUUCCAGGUGUGGCCCGGCGACACAUGUUGCAAAAAUUUUGAUGCUCGAAUGGUUGGUGGCGCGAUCAAUUUUACUGUUGGUUCUGUGCAGGCAGCAACCGCAAAUGCGUCCAUGGUGUCGAUCAGAAGCGCGUCGCUGCAGCCGUUCUCGCCGGAGCAAUGGAGCCAGCACCGGGAGGACCGCAUCCAGCUGAUCCGGAAGCGGUUCGUGAACGUGCACGUGUCGGACAGCAGCGGCGGCCGCGUGGUGGGCGCCAAGGUCGCCGUGCACCAGAUGAGCAGGGACUUCCCCUUGGGCUCCGCCAUCAGCAAGUCCAUACUCGGCAACAAGCCCUACCAGGACUGGUUCCGGAAGCGGUUCAACGCGGCGGUGUUCGAGAACGAGCUGAAAUGGUACGCGACGGAGCCGGCGCCGGGGAAGGAGGACUACGCGCUGGCCGACCAGCUGCUGCAGUUCGUGCAGUCCGGCGACGCGGUGGCGCGGGGCCACAACAUCUUCUGGGAGGACCCCAAGUACACCCCGGGGUGGGUGAAGAACCUCACCUCCGCCGACCAGCUCCGCGCCGCCGUCGCCGGCCGCAUCGAGAGCCUGCUGUCGCGCUACAAGGGCGACUUCGUGCACUGGGACGUGAGCAACGAGAUGCUCCACUUCGACUUCUACGAGUCCCGCCUCGGCCGCAACGCCACCGCCGACUUCUUCCGCACCGCCAAGCGCGCCGACCCGCUCGCCACCCUCUUCCUCAACGACUUCAACGUCGUCGAGGUGUGCGACGACCUCAGCUCCAGCGCCGACUCCUACGUGUCCCGCCUCCGCCAGCUCGCCGACGCCGGCGUCACCUUCGAGGGCAUCGGCCUCGAGGCCCACUUCGGCAAACCCAACAUCCCCUACGUCCGCGCCGUGCUCGACAAGCUCGGCACGCUCCGGCUGCCCAUCUGGCUCACCGAGGUCGACAUCAGCAGCACCCUCGACCAGAAGACGCAGGCGGAAUACCUGGAGGAGGUGCUGCGGGAGGGGUUCGCCCACCCGUCCGUCGACGGGAUCAUGCUCUGGACCGCCAUGGACGCCAACGCCACCUGCUACCAGAUGUGCCUCACCGACGGCAACUUCACCAACCUGCCCGCCGGGGACGUCGUGGACCGGCUGCUCGGGGAGUGGCAGACCAGGGAGGUGCUCGGCGCCACCAACGACCGCGGCUCCUUCAACUUCAGCGCAUUCCUCGGGGAGUACAAGCUGUCCGUCACCUACCUCAACUCCUCCGCCGAGGGCACCUUCUCCCUCGCCCGCAGCGACGACACCAAGCACAUCACCAUCCGUCUCCAGCCAUGAUUUGAUUGAUUUAUACUCCCAUGCAUGCAUCCAGUUGAAAACCAUGCAUGGUUAACUAAUAGUCGAGGAUCUUAGAUGGAUUUGCCACACGUAUAUUUAUUUGGAUUUGGAUUUGGAUU